UCUUCUUCUCAUCUUUAAUCCUCAUUACGCACACUGAUCCUCCUGCUCUCCAAGCCAAGAAGAUGCGCAAAUCCUCCCCGUGCGUAUUCCCAUGGUCCUCCCUGUGGCUGGCAUCUUUGGCUACUUUGGUGGUGCAGUCGGUGCUCUCUUCCUCCUACUCUUCUUCCUCUUCCUCCUCUACAUAUCAGAGGUCUGCAGUCGGUGGAAAGCGACCGGGCUUCAUGGAGAGGACGCUGAUUCUCCUGGAUGUCAACACCCGCAGUCCGAUAAGAGUCCUCAACGACAACUUCCUUUCGUUACAGCUGGACCCCUCGAUCAUCAAAGACGGCUGGCUGGACUUUCUGAGCUCCAAGAAGCUCGUGACCCUGGCGCGCGGCCUGUCCCCAGCCUUUCUGCGUUUCGGCGGAAAGCGGACCGACUUCCUGCAGUUCAACAACCAGAAGAACCUGGCCAAGUUCAGAGGGCCGGGGCCAGACUACUACCUGAAGAACUACGAAGACGAUAUAGUGCGCAGUGACAUUGCAUUGGACAAACAGAAGGGCUGCAAACUAGCCAACCAUCCUGACAUAAUGCUGGAGCUGCAGAGGGAGAAGGCCGCCACCACACAGCUCGUCCUGCUGAAAGAGCAACUGUCUAACAUCUACAGCAACAUUACAAUAACAGCCAGGUCUUUAGACAAACUGUACAACUUUGCCGACUGUGCUGGUCUGCACCUGAUCCUGGGGCUCAACGCUCUGCACAGAAACCCAGACAACUCCUGGAACACCUCCUCCACCCUGAGCCUCCUCAAGUACGGCGCUGGCAAGAAGUACAACAUCUCUUGGGAGCUGGGCAACGAGCCGAAUGCUUACCGCAGCAUGGUGGGUCGUGCGGUCAACAGCACCCAGUUGGCCCAGGACUACACCAAGCUGCGGACCCUGCUGCAGUCUGUGCGCUACUACCAGCGAGCUCACCUCUACGGCCCCAAUGCGGGACGACCCCGGAAGAAUGCAAUCCUGCUGCUGGAUGGGUUCAUGAAGAAUGCUGGCUCUGUUGUAGAUGCAGUUACGUGGCAACAUUAUUUCAUGGACGGCAGAGUGAACAAAGUGGAGGACUUCCUCAAAACUCGCCUGUUGGACACACUGACAGAGCAGAUCACUAAAGUCACCAAGGUGGUGAACACACAUACUCCUGGUAAGAAAGUGUGGCUGAGUGGACUGGGGCCAGCAUGGGCAGGAGGCAUCAGUAAUCUCUCUGACACGUACGCUUCUGGCUUUCUGUGGGUGAACACGUUGGGCAUGGCUGCUGUGCAGGGGGUUGAUGUUGUCUUGCGUCACUCAUUCUUUGACUACGGCUACACACGCCUUGUGGACCAGAACUUUAACCCUUUGCCUGAUUACUGGUUCUCUCUGGUCUUCAAGCGCUUGGUGGGUCCAAGGGUUUUAGCUGUGCGAGUGGCGGGACUGCAGAGGAAGCCGCAACCAGGACGAGUCAUACGAGACAAGCUACGUAUCUACGCCCACUGUACCAGCUACUACAAUCACAACUACGUGAGAGGGUCCAUAACAAUCUACAUCAUCAACCUGCAUCGGUCGCGAAAGAAAAUCAAGUUGGCAGGGACGUUACGGAACAAUACUGUCCAUCAGUACCUGCUGCAACCUUACGGCACAGACGGACUCAGAGCCAAAUUUGUCCAGCUGAACGGGGAGAAGCUGCUCAUGUUGGACAAUGAGACAUUCCCCGAGUUGAAGCCUAAGACACUGAGGGCGGGACGGACAAUAGCCAUGCCUCCCAUGACCAUAGGCUUCUAUGUCAUCAAAAACAUUAACGCGUACGCCUGCCGAAGAUAACACUGACCCAUCAUCCCUGAGCUAUAGGAGCCUGACAGUUUGACCCGAAGCUUAAAAAACUGUGUGGCUCUUACAUUUAUUUUUUUUUACAGAAGGAGGUAAGAAUACCACUUUAUUAGGCUCAAGGACACUUCAGUAGAGUGGAUGCUGUGCUUGAGUACAGUACAGUCCUCUGGUUUAACAACACUUCAAUAAUUAUUACAAUGGUUUAAAUUAUAAAUAAACAAGGCCCUUCCCUAGUUUUCUUCUGGUCCAACAAAGAAAGACUUGCCCGAGAAACAUGAAACGGGCUGCACUGAACACUUUCAAUUCUUUUCACCAGCAACUCCUCAUAUGCUACAUGAUUCGUAUGGACAGUGAUUGUUUUGUGGCUUUGAAUGAAGUUA